AUGGCAGAUGGCAAUCCCAUGCUUCGAGAUGGUACCACUGGCGACUGGAUUGGCACUUUCCUUGGUCAUAAAGGGGCCUGCUGGCAAGGCCGCCUCUCGUCCGACGGCAAUCUAGCAGCGACUGCUUCUGCUGAUUUUACUGCGAAAGUUUGGGACACCCAGACGGGAGAAUGUCUCCAUACUUUUCAACAUCCCCACAUCGUCCGGGCCAUAGCACUUCCGCAUCAUCCUAAUCCUCAAGUCCUGGCGACGGGAGGUUUUGACAAGAAACUCAUGCUCUAUGAGAUCGCGAAUAGUCGUGCGAGCAGCAGCUCUUCAUCCCCAGAACAUUCAACUUUCAACAAAGCGCAGAAUGCUCAGAAAUCGACGCCUGCCGGCUACGAGAUUGGUGCUGAGUCUCACCAAGGGGCUAUUAAGAGUGUUCACUGGGCACAAGACAGUAACACUCUUAUCACUGCGUGUGAAGACAAGUACAUUCGAUGGUUUGAUGUACGAACACGAAUCCCUAUUACUUCUGUGCGGCUCGAUGGUGCUCUGGGAAGCUGCGAGCUCAGCAACACCUUGUCUACCUUGUCGGUUGCUGCUGGCAAUACAGCCUACUUCUUCAGUGGUAGCACACCAGGUCAAUUGCUCCAGUCCGUGACUCAGCCUACAGAUAUUGUUUCCGUGGCGGUUCACGAAGGUGAAAGAAAAUAUGCCACAGGAAGCAAUCAAGACACAUGGAUUCGAGUAUGGGACCUUGAUGCAGGACCCGCACAAACUGAACUUGAUACGUGGAAAGGUCACCACGGUCCGAUCUGGAGUUUGGAGUUCAGCCCAGACGGCAAGGCUUGCGCAAGUGGGAGCGAGGAUGGGACGGUGAAACUCUGGAAGUUCUGUGAGGGACCGCACGGACUGUGGAAGUUAGGUUGA